GCAACAGGCCAUCUGCUGGCAGUUAAAUCUGAAUUUCCUGAAUAGAAACGCCGACAAGUUGAAAAGAAAAUUUGAUCCGGCUGCAGCUGGAUGCAAGUUGCUUGCAGCUUGAGCUGAAACUAUAAACUAACGUAUAAAGAUAAACUCUUUUAACCUUCUGCAGGAUCAUUUGAACCUGCUGUUUCGUAUGAUGUGUUUUGUAUGAAUCCAUCUUCGAUCGACUGUUAUUGAUAGUCCCAGAAUUUCUGUUAGCUUGUCCUACCGAUUCUUUACGGGAUGCAGCGAUCUUCGCUUGUAGUUGGGCUCGUUUUCUGUGGUCAGCGAACAACUAUUGGACAAAUCCGUGCGAUGAUCGCGAUCGGCGGCGAUCGUUAAGCUCACAAUCAGUGCUGUAAUGCAGAGUGGAAUCAGUGCCUAUUGCCGUAUUGUGUAUUACCGUUACGAGCAAUUCCUUGAACGGAUUCUUUAAUCUAACGAACAUCGAGCUGUCGUCAGGAAUCUACUCUUGUAGUAGCUUCUUAUUGAUUCUCUGCUUUGUGAAUGGUAAAUUUUCGCCGUGGACGUUUGUGAAGAUUUCUAUUGUGAUAGCCGGCUUUUCAGUUGAGCUUGCGGUGAAGAGCUGGCAGUGGCGACACUUAAAUCCGGUCUGAAUUGCAAGUGGUCUAAUAAUCAUUGCGCGUCAAGUCGACAUGGUGAUUUAGCGAAAUCGAUAAGACUCAAGUGUCCUUCAUAGUUUACCGUUAUCAUCGCCGAUUUUAAACUCUCCAAGCAUUUGGAAGAAAAGCGAAAACGUUGUGCCGCUUUUCUGCUGAAUAGCGGUCGUUUUUGAGAGUGAGAGAUCUAGAUGCCAGUUGCACAAGAGAGACGAUAGCGCUGCCACAACUUACACCAACUGGACUGUAGUCACUGGCUAAUCAGCACUAAUACGCUUCUGUUUUGCCGCUGGGGAACUGCUCUGACCUCGUUUCCUGGUUUAGUUAACUGACCAUUGCCGAUAAAUCAUACAGUUGUGGAUGUGAAAUUGGAAUCUCCGGGACCGGAAUAAUCCUCUUCAUAUCCUCAAUCUGAUCAAGCGAUUAAUUCUCCCUCUCUCUAGUGUUCCCGGCCGCAAUCCAUCAUUGUCCAUCUGAAGCGCGCGAGGGCCGAGCAAAUUUAAACUCAGCAACCCAUCAAUUAUAUCCGCGCCUAACAUCGCCGCAGCUGCAUGCGCAUGUGCUCUGUGCCAUGUUUUCAUUUAUUAUUAUUUGAACACUCCCAUUUGUUCUCAUAAUAAUCUUCAUAAUGUCCGGUAGUAGUGUGGCGUCAGAUUCCUUCUCAUCGGUGCAAUCGUCCAGCUGCAGUGGUACGACUUCCCCCGAUCGGGAUUCCCAUGCCUCCUCCCUGAACUAUUCCCAUGCUCAGUGGGAAAGGUCAAAUACUGGGAAUUCACCGCUGACACUGGAAUCACUAGCCGAAACGCUUUCGGCCGAAGAAGUCACACAAAUUGAAACAUUUUAUCGAGGACUGUUCAGCCAAGUGUAUGUUUGUCCAGCGGGUGCUGCGCUGUAUUUAUGUGAACCGGAAAUGACCACUCGCCAGACGCCGGCAUCUUGGAUUCUGCAAUAUGCCGAGGGCGUUCCGGUUGUGGUGCAGGUAACACGGCCAGACCGAAAAUCCGUUCAUUUUAUCUUUGCCGAGCGUGGUACCGGCUUCCCCUUGUGGCGGGAUGUGAUCACAAAGACAUCGGACUAUCGCAGUGUGGAUGCGGAUUACCAUGAUUUCAAGGCCUCAAACCAAAAAACCCGAGUGGGAUUGCGUAUUGCUAGCACCUCCGCGGCCAGUAAAUUUCUCCAGAAUGUUAUCACGCUGAUUUCCAAUCCGGCAAAUUUUCAGGAGAUGAAGAUGAAGCGAACACCUAAGAAGAAAAAUCCCCCACCGAAAAAGUCCAGUAUUUCGCCUCCCUGCUGCUUUGCUCAUUUGGUUCAUGUGGCGAAAGACGAUGAUCUGACCAGUCUGAGUCAGUUCGUUACGCCGCUGGUCAACAACAAUGGACCAGUACAAACUCACCUUGCCAAUCCCCGUGCUAGUGUUAUGUUUCCUUCUAAAGUUUUAAAUGGAAGUGCAGCGAAGCGUUCAUGAAAGUGCUGUUUGAUACUACUGUUGAUUUCUUAGCUCAAAGGAUGCACAGCCUUGGUCUGAAUGUUUUUGCAAAGCAGUGAGACGCAACUACAGUAUAAGUACAUUCAUUGUCUUGUGCCAUAUAAUGAGAUGUUUAUUUUGAAUCCUUUUAAGUUGGGGUCGGUGAAUUGCAAUCUCCGCGUAGGUUUUGGUGUUGCAUGUUACACCAGCAUAGUUUUCUGUAAUUUUUAGAUGAAGCAAAAUUGAAAUGAAUUGUGUUCGCCUG